UCCUAUGAAAAUUUCUACUACGUUCUCCUGCACAUUCGCCACCACCACCGCUAAUGAAUGCAAUGCACGCAACGCUGUACCUAAUCGGAGUAUUUAUCUACACACAUAUUCUCCUACACACGUACGGGACGGUACUUUAUGGGAUGCGGCAGAACGCUCGGUCUUGGUCCGUGGUAUGGACGGUAGGUAGGUAGGCGUAUGUAUGUAUGUAUGCGUGCUGUCAUUCUCCCAUAUAUACCUCGUCCUGCCUGCUUCGUUCUCUCUCUCAUCUAGACAGACAGACACACAGACACACAAACAGUCAGACAUUCGUUACCCAUCGAACCACCAACCGCCAACCAGCAUUUCACUUUUUACUUUUCAACCAAAAACCACACCAACGCAACCAAACAACCAACCAAACCCCCACCACCAAAAAUGCACCCCUCAACCCUCCUCGCCCUCCUCCCCAUCCUCGCCACCACAACAACAGCCUCCUUCCCCGGCGGCACAAACUACUACCACGACGACACCCCCUACCACUCCGAGGUCCACGCCCCAUCCUACAUCCACUCCCUCAGCCCAGGCACGACCCCUCUCCCCAGCGCCCCGUCAUCCAUUGCACACUCCUUCCUCCCCAGCGCCCCUUCAUCCGCCGCAUCCAUUGCCGUAAACACCACAUCCAUCACCCCAUCCAUCAUCCCAUCUCCACCCUCCUCGUUCGUCCCCGGUAUCCCGUCCUUUACUCCUCCAACCCCGGCGCAAUCCUCCUUCGUCCCGGCUGGGAAUACGACGGUGUCGAUUAUCCCUACGCCGCCUGCGACUGGGUCGUCUGGGUUUGUGGUGGUUGGGAGUAGUACGCCGACGAGCGCUGGUAGUGGGUCUAGGUCUGCGACUCGUACUACUGGUGCGGCGAUGGCGAGUGCGACGAGUCCUAGUGCUGCUGCGGCGGGAGCGGCG